GCGAUUCCCUACCUGCACAGCUCGCUCAACACUCAUCUCCCCUUCAAGCACCCUCAACAUGUCAGAAUCAACUCCCCGUGUCACUGCGCCGUACCUCGAGCAGUUCUCACACCAGAACGUGCGCAUUCUCGGCAAAGUGCGCCAACUGCGUGGCGAGCAGGCCACAAUUGAUGCCGGCGGCAACAUCAACGUCCACCUCAACCGUGAUGCACAUCUCCAGCUGAACCAUGCUGUCGAGAUCAUUGGUAAGGUGCAGAACGACCUUAGCGUCAAGGUGAUGGCGAGCGUCGAUAUGGGUCCAGAGGGUAACAUUGACUUCAAUGCGGUGGAAGCCGUGGUAGAUGCGACGCAUCGGUACCAUGAGAUCUUCUACACCAAGGAGCAAUGAGAACAUGAUGCGAAGUUGUUCAUUGGCGGCAAGCUACACUUUCCUCACGCUGUCGGGUUAGCAUGGCGUUCGGCGUAAUUUUGUGCCCAUUCUCUCAAAGCACCAAAUCUGUGCGGUCCCGGGGAGAGUAGAGUUCGACCGCCAUGCAGAAAGCUCAUUAGCAACCAUAGCACGAACAGCACGCAGUCUCCCAACCAUUCACCCUCAGACGAUGUGGAGGCGGCUGUGGCGUUCUUUGUUUCCAUUAAUAACAAUGUCCUUGUCCGCUGUCUCGUACGGUCGGUUCUUUGUUGAGAUCCUAGCAAUGUGACCGGACAACGCAGUGUGAGCUUCGUGCCUUCCCAGUACAAUCA